CUCAGUUUAUGUCAGAGUUUAACAGAGACUGAAGAUGAAGAUGAAGCUGCUGCUCUUCCUCUGCUCCGUGCUCUGGGUCCACGCUGAGGUUCUCCAUGAGGACCUCCGUAUCACUGGCUGCUCAGAGUCUGAUGGAGAGUUCAUGUACGCUCUGGAUGCUGAAGAGAUGUGGUACGCUGACUUCAAGAAGGGAGAAGGAGUUCUCCCUCAGCCUCCUUUCAUUGAUCCCAUCAGAUUCCCGGAUGAUAUUUAUCAACAUGCUGUGAAUAAUCUAGACAUCUGCAGAUCAAACAUGAACACCCGUCGUAUAAGUCUAAAGAACCCUCCACGGAAACUAGAAUCUCCAUCCAGCCUGAUGGUCUACUCCAGAGAUGAUGUGGAGCUGGAAGAGAAGAACAUCCUGAUCUGUCAUGUCUCUGGUUUCUAUCCUGCUCCUGUCAACGUCUCCUGGACCAAGAAUGGCCAGAAGGUGACUGAAGGAACCAACAUCAACAACCCCUACCCCAACAAGGACAUCACCUUCACCCAGAUCUCCAGACUGGACUUCAUCCCUCAGCUGGGAGACGUCUACAGCUGCUCAGUGGAGCAUCAAGCCCUAAAGGAACCAAUGACCAGCAGCUUUGACGUGGACCUGAACGUCCAUCAGCCCAGUAAUGGACCCACCGUGUUCCUUGCAGUCGGUCUGACCAUCGGGUUCCUGGGCGUCGCCGUGGGAACCUUCUUCCUGGUCAAAGGAAACCAGUGCAUCUGAUUGGCUGCAGCUGAUGAUGUCAUCAAGAAUUAACCCAGAUGUUAAUCAUUAAUCUAGAACCUCUUCAAUAAAACUCUAUCAAUGUUUCUCUAUUAGACAGAAGUUUUACCAGUUAAUCUAAACUCUUGAUGCCUCACAGUGAAACAUAAACAGCUUUAAUAAAAACUCUGAUCAAUAACUGGAUCAUUGGUUCAGAGGAAAACAGGCUGAGGUUCUGGAUCAGUACCACUUUAUAAAGAACCAGAACCUAAUGAUUCAAUUUUUUUUUUAUUAAAUCCAAGAAAAAAAUAAUAUCUGAAAGGGGAAAAUAAUUUAGAAAUUAAAAUAAAAAUGUUGGAGAGAACAACUGUUCACACUGAGAAGAAACUGAGAUUGAUUAAAAAGUUUUGACAGCAAACAUUUUGUCAUAGAAUUAAUGAAAGAUAGAACU